AUGGAGAAUUCCAAACAAACUGCAGAGGUAGUUCCAUCAUGGGACGGAAAUCCUCGUGGAUGGCGCCGUUACCAACGUGAGGUGCUUUGGUUCUACAUGGGGACUCGCAAAUCCCAGCGAAGCCUGUUGGGUCCUCGUCUGGUAUCAAAGCUCACAGGUCCUGCCCGACUUCUUGCGAUGUCUUGGAGUCACUUGGACAUCGCUGGACCUGAUGGUGUGAAAAAUGUCUUGAAACGCCUUGAGUCCUCUCCACUGGUGAGGAAAAAGAUUCCCAACUCUGCGGCGACGAUGACUCAGUACUUUGGGUACAGACGUCACAAUGGUGAGAACAUCAAUGCCUACCUGGUUCGUGAGAGCCUCUUCUAUGAGGAAUUUGUAGAGUCACUCAUGGAGCUCAAGGGCGCGCAAGGCGACGUCAUGAAGGACUUGGAGACCAUUGAUGAGACCUCGGAGUCUGAGUCGGAGUCAGCUGGUGGUGAUUCUCGACCUGGCUACAAACGAGUACCUACUGAAGAACCUGCCGCUGACCUUCCUCGUGCUUCUGAUGAUGAACGACCUGGACAAGUACCACCUUCUGGACAAGUUCCUCCUUCUGGACAAGAUGCCGGUUCUCGUCGAGCACGAUCCUUGCGGAGUGUGCAGAGUCAACGCGGACUCAACCUUGCCGACUCCUUCAUCCUCAAUCAACUUCGUGGAUGGCGACUUUUGAGUGGUGCUGCUUUGUCGAGUGAAGAGUGGCGUUCCAUUCUGGCAUCAACGAAGAAUCAGCUGGACUAUGACUCCAUUUCUUCGGCGCUCAUGGUUCUCUUCGACGAGCAGAUUCCUCAUCAACAUCGUCUACAUCAACAUCAUUCCCAACAUCAUGGCGGUGGACCUCAUCACUUCAACAUGGCCGAGGGCGAUGACUGGUCGUGGGAUGAUUCCUCAUGGUGGGAUGAUCAAUGGGCAGCGCAAGUGCGCUGGGAUGAUGAUGGAUGGGAAGCUCAACCUGAAGAAGAACAUGGAGAAGAACAAGAAGCGGCCGAUACGGCCAAUGAUGGAGAAGCUCUUGCGGCUGAACGCUCAUGGAGUCAAGCCCAACGGACUACACAGCUGAUCAAGAAGGACAGGGGUUUUGGCUCUCAAGCGGCCUCUUCAAGGACGGGUUGCUUCAUAUGUGGUGGCAACCAUUUGGCUCGAGAAUGUCCAGAUCGUAAUGCCCCUCACCGUGGUGGAAAGGGUGGCAAACGUGUUUCCUUCUUCCUUGAGGAGCCCUACUACCAGGACUACGUCAUGCAUAAAGGCAAGGGCAAGCCAAAGGGAGGUGGAAAGAUGAACUUCACCAUGGAGGACCUCUACGCCUUUGUGAAGGGCAAGUCCAAGGGUGGUGGAAAAUUCAAGUCCAAGAACUCAGGCAACGUCAAUGCAUACAGCAUGAGCGACUAUGACGCUUAUGGCCUUCAGUUUGACACCGAGAAGGAAGACCUCACACACUUGAACCUUGGGAAGAUCGAGAAGGAAGGCAAUAGCCUGGGCAUGUUGGACUGUGGCGCAACCUGCAGUGCUGGACCGGAAACGUCCAUCCGCAAUCUGAUCCAAGCCGUGAUCAGCCAAGACAACAGUGCAGCCAUCUCUGUGGAUGCGAAAAAGCGGCCCAAGUUCCGUUUUGGAAGUGGAGCAUGGGGCCAAGCCUUGUACCUGAUUCGAAUCCAGUCCAGCAUCACCAACAAGUUUUUUGAAGCUUUUGUUCUACCUGACCCUGAAACUCCUUUGAAACUUGGAUUCGAACAUGUACCAGUCUUGGUGGGGAUGGAUUUCAUACGUCAAAACGGUUUGAUCAUCGACUUCACUGAUGGGUAUGUAGUAUGUGCUCAACAUGCAAACGCGAAACCUUUCUACAUGCCUGUGAAUGCCAAGGGUCAUUUCAUGGUCGAUUUGGUCAACUAUUUGUGUGAAGGAAAAACACUUCAUGAUGGUCAUCCCAGUUUACAUGUCACAGUUCCACAAGGUGAAGGUUUUGAAGGUUUUCUUGCGAGUGAUGUCAACAUGUUCACCUUUGAAGCCAUUGAAGAUGUCAACAACAUGUCAACCUUGGAGUUUGAAUGCGGUACUGUAGUCAAAACUGAUGCCACUUGUCAGCCAACUCACAGAGACCUGUUUGAACAGCUUUGGAAUCGUCGUCUUCACCUGCAGCAAGCAGAUCGGCUCAUGGGCGGUGUAAUCCCCACGAGUUUGCGUUCACGACAACAACCUCAUGGCGAAGGACGAGAAGAAGACGUCUUCAACCCGGAGAUGGUUCGACGCGCCCUCAACGACCUGAAGGACAACCUUCCCAAGAAUGUGGAGCCCACGGAGGAGCUGGUUCAGCUGUUCAUCGACAAGGAGACUGCGGAGAUCCGCAUCGAGCACAUCAUGGAGGAAGCCAAACGCGACCUCGCAAAGAACAUGGAGAAGGACAUCCCUCAGGAACCUCCUGCGGAGUUCAAUCCUAUGGAUCACCUGACGGAAGCGGAGAAGAAGCACAUCAUGGAUCUGGCCGCAAGCCGUGUCCAAGUGGUGCACGACUCGGAGGAAGAGAUGGAGCCAAAGCUGAUGGACUUGGUGCACUUCCUCAACGACAAGUUGGUGGCGAAUAUCUCCGAGCUGAUCUACGACAAGAAACCACUGGUGUGGGAGAUGUUUUGCUCUCCUCAAUCUGGACUUGCACAAGCAUGUGAAGCUGAAGGAAUACCAACUCAGCGCAUCAACUUGGAGCAGGGUUUCGACCUCUACAAACCGGCAAACUACCCGGUGCUGUUCGAGCUCUUCAAGGUCCAACGCCCCAAGAAGCUUUGGAUCUCUACGAUGUGUACUUUGUUCUGCAGCUGGGUGGAUUUGAACUAUCAAGGCCGAGAAGAACUACUUCAAAAGAAGAGACGCAGGGAGCGAAAGAUGUUUCGCCUCCUCAAGGCAUUCAUCGUGGCCGUGAUCGCCUACGACCCCACUGUGGAGAUCUACUGGGAGUGGCCUCGCAACUGCCGUGGCUGGAAAGAAUCCAUCAUCGAGGAGCUCUUCAACGAGAUUGGACAGACCUGGGACUGCCGCAUCGAUGGUUGUCGCUAUGGACUGAAGACGGCAUCAGGCAAUCUGGUGCUGAAGCCAUGGAUGAUCAGAACAAGCAGCUUGUACUUCUACAGUGAGUUCCGCAACAAGACUUGUGUGGGCAAUCACACUCACGAGUGGUUGCAUGGUGUGGAGACUAACAAGUCAGCCUUCUACCCUCCUGCACUUUGCCGAGCCAUUGCAAGGAACUUUCGUUCUCAGUUGCUCCCCUAUCGCUGGUCAAAGCUUUUGUGGAUGUCUGCAGCUGACGAUGGAGCAACAUUCGAAGGUUUUGUGGCCGAGCACUACGAUGCCCCUGGCGAGCUAUGUGCUGGAGAAGAACAACCCUCUGGAGAAGACCAACAGCCCGAUGGUGAAGAUCAACCUCCUUCUGAAGAUGCUCUACGCAAAUGGGAGGUACAACUCAACCAAUUCCACCGUGCGGCUGGUCACCCGUCGACACGAAAUCUGGUGCGCAUGCUGGUGGAUGCUCAAGUGGAACCUUGGAAGAUUCAACAAGCCCGCAAAUUUCGAUGCUCAACCUGUGAGGAGAUGGUCAAGGGUGGUGUUUCUUCGAAACAGAUCCCUCCUGCAGCGAUGCGACCAUUGCCGGUGGCCUGGGAACAAGUGGGUAUCGACUUGGCAGAAUGGACGGUGCCCAACCAGAACACCAAGGUCAAGUUCGUCAUGAUGAUCGACCUGGCUACGCGCUAUCGCAUCACUGAGACCCUCUUCGUGUAUGCUCAUGGCGAGAACAAGGUCGAGACUACAGACAUGAUGAUCAAAGUCAUCACGACUCGAUGGUUGAUGAGCAUGCCUCGACCCAAAUGUCUAGUGCCGGACAAUGCCAACACCCUGGUGAGCUACAAGAUUACAGAGUUCAUGGCGGAUCUGGGAAUUGAGAUUGCAACACCUCCUGACGGAGAAAGCUGGGCCCAUGGCAUCUCUGAACGAGCUGUGGGACAGAUCAAGGAGACUGCCUCCCUGAUACAACAAUCUCUUCCGGACCAAGACCCAGUUCUUACGCUGGCUAUGGCAACCAGUGCCAUGAACAACACUGAGUUUGUCAAGGGCUACACAAGCAUUCAAUGGGCUUUUGGCAAACAAGCUGAACUUGAUGACGGUGAACUUCGUCAACAGCUGAGUCUGCCAAUCGACAGACAACAACAUGAGUUUCUUCGACUUCUGAAUCAACGACAACUGGCUGAAGAGUGUGCGAGAAAGGCGAAGGCAAGAACUGUGAUGUCCAAGCUGAAGAAUUCAGCCGUGAGGCAACCUUUGAGAACUUUCAAGAUGGGACAGCCUGUCUACAUCUGGAGAAAGUUUCUGCCCCACUCUGUCUAUGCAGGAAAGAAGGGUGGACACAAACAUGUGGGACGACCGCGUUGGGUCGGACCAGGCCGCGUAGUGUUUCAUGAACUUGUACCUGGUCAAGAAGAAGAAGACAGGAAGCAUGUGGUCUGGGUGAUACUUGGAACUCGGAUCUACAAGACCUCAGUUCACAGCGUGAGACCUCUUUCUGCCCGAGAACAACAUCUCUUCGAGAUCAAGGGUGACGAGUCUCAUCGUUGGAAGCAGCUGAGCGAUGUGCUUCCAAAACGCGAGUUCAUUGACAUCACCGUGGAGGAGCCUGCUGAGGACGAGGUGGAACAACCUUUUCUUCCUGAUGAACCUGGCUCCGCGACCAUUGUCAAACCUCAAGUACGCUUUCCUGGCAAAUUUCCAAUUAUGGACAGUGGACAUCCAGAUUAUCUUGCACCUCCGAAGCCUGGUAGACCUGUCUCUACCGUUGACGAGACCUUUGACCCUGUGAAUGUGUACGAGCCGGACUCCAAAGAUCUUCUGGAGCCCGACAACAAGCGCUUCAAACAUGAUGCUGAAGAAGAACCUGGAGAUGAAUAUGAACCAACAACACCUGCGAAGUCACCUCCACCGUCACCAAGAAGAACCUCAGUGUCUUCAACAACACCUCUUCUUGAACCUCGUGAGCCUGCCGAGAAGCGAGCUGAACCUGAUGAGGGAACAUCUGAUGAACCAGAGUCCAAACGACUCAAAGCUGAUGAGGACGAGGAAAGCGAGAAGGAGUUCAAAUUUCUGGAAGCUCUUCGUUCUGUGGACGAAGGAUAUGUCUUCAACUUUGAGCUGGACUUGGAGUCGAACCGCAAGAAGAAAGACUUCAUGCGCAAUCCCGUGAUGUUCCUGGCGAAGAAGAUGGCUGGAGCAGAAGUGAACUACAAACGCUUGUCUCCUGAGGAGAAACAGCUCUUCGAGAAUGCCAAGCAGUCUGAAGUGAGCAGUUUCCUUCGAACUGAAGCAGUACGUCGUUGUCUUUCUUACGAGGAGCAACAACGAGCUGAGAACUCUGGAAGGGUGCUCAAAUCGAAGCUUUGGACACCUGGAGUACCAGAACUUCGUGCUGCACUUGGAGCAAGUGAUGGAGAACUUCUUCGUCUACUUCGCAACGUAUAUGGCAGUGCUACCGCUCCACGUGGCCUAUGGACUGAUGUGGAUCAAACUCUUCAACGUCUUGGCGGACAUCGACUCAUUGGAGACGCAGCUUUCUGGUGUUGGGUGGAAGAAAAUCCUAACCCAAAGAAUCCUGCUGACCGCUACAACCUGAUCGGAUUUGUUGGUGGUCAUGUCGACGAUUUCAACAGAGCUGGCGAUACAACCAAUGAGAAGUGGCUUUCUGUGAGACAAGCCAUUGAUAAGGCUUAUGCCUGGGGAACACGCAAGGAGGAGAACUUCCGACACUCUGGAGUAGAUCUUGAGGUAAAGAAUGACCGCAACGAGCGCUACGUGCAGCUGAGUCAGGACUUCUACCUGGAGAACCUCCCCGACCUUGCGAUUCCUGAAGAUCGUCUACGUGGAGAUCCAAAAUCUUUGCUCUCUCCUGGAGAGAUGGCAGCUUGUCGUGCAAGCCUUGGAGCACUUCAAUGGGCAUGCACACAGACACAGAUUCAAGCCUGUGCCCGUGUCAACCUUUUGCUGACCGAGCUCACAGUUGACAAGAGUGUCAUGGUGGCCAAGGAGAUCGCUGACCUGAUCAAGGACGUGAAGAAGGAUCCAAUGAAUCUUCGUCUUUUCAAACUUCCUCAUGUACAACACUGGCAAGAUUGGACUGUUGUGACGAUGGCCGACCAGGCACACAACAACCGCCCACAAGGUGGAUCAACUGGUGGUCUACUGACCUGUCUUGGUGGACCUGAACAACUUGCUGGAGAAGCUGGUCGCCUCAAUCCAGUUUCUUGGAGGACCUGGCGUUUACGCCGGAAGGCCAUUUCCACAAAUGAUGGCGAGAUGCAAGCAACCUUGGAGGGCGAAGACUCCAACUUCCGUGUUCGUUGGAUGUGGUGCCAACUCAAUGGAUGCUGCGCUAUCAAAGAUGGCAACCUUUUGGAGAAGGCCAACGACCUUGUCAAGUAUGUGAAGGGCUUGGUGGCAACUGACAGCAAGGGUGUCUUCGAUGCAGUGAACAAGAAUGAAGGACCGCUUCUUGGUCUUUCAAAUGCUCGAAGCGCACUUCAGGGCUAUCAACUGAAGGAACAGUUGAGCGAGGCUGACACCAAGCUGAUAUGGAUCUCAGGCGAUUGGAACCUUUCUGAUGCUCUCACAAAGAAGGCCAAAGCAGCAAGACUUGGACUGAUGCAAUUUGCAAAACAGUUCAUCUGGAAGCUGAAGUAUGACCCACACUUCAUCCAGAGCGAGAAGAAGGCAAAGAAGGAUGGUCGUGCUGCUGUACAGCAAAUGAAAGAGCUUCAAGCUCUUGUCCCAAUAGCACACAUGAUCCAAGAAGAAUUUUGA